AUGUGUGUCGUUUCCUCGAACACCGCUGGACACGAGGCAAGCUCGGAGACGUUUCAUAAAGAUCCUACUUUUUACGGAGCAUUGUUUCUGGACACUGGCUCGCUGCUUGAUGCUAGGCUAGAUUCCUACAAGGAUCAAAGGCGGAUUAUGAGAUACGCUUUAUCACGGAAAGUCUUGUUUGAACAACAACAACCUGUUAUAGUUUCAUGCAUCAACGAUACUCUCAAACACCUCAAAGGUUUCGAAGAAACAGGGGAGAACAUUCCACUCGAUAAAUGGAUCGGCAAUUUCCUGCUGGAUUUGAGUGGCAAGAUUGCUAUGGGUCGCGAUUUUGGAGCUCUUGAGUGCGGAAACCGCCUCCACCCUUACCUCCACCGAAUGGAAAAGGGUGUAUACGUCCUAGAGAUUUUCGUGGAAUUUAUGAGGAUCCUACCUACACCAGUUGCAUCCUUUAUUCAGUCCGUUUUGGGCCAAAUUCUACCUAACAUGUUGAGAAAAGUGAAUUUUCUGGGGCCUAAGCUUGUUGAUCGCUUGGAAAAAGGCAGCAUCAAUACAGACUUCGUUCCCGAUGGCGGCACCACCAUCUGCGGGACUCAUGUGCCGCCUGGUGUUAUUGUUGGUGUGCAUCACUGGGCCACUUACCAUAGCGAUCGGAAUUUUGAGAAUGCUGAAAGCUUCAUACCCGAAAGAUGGCUUGGAGAAGACUAUGCAGAUAAUAAGAAAGAAUUUUUUCACCCAUUCGGCUAUGGUGCAAGUGUAUGUGUAGGAAAAGAGAUCUCGAUGACUGUCUCAAGACUAUUCCUUGCUCAUCUUUUAUGGGAAUUCGAUAUGGAGCUAGACUCUCGAUCAUGCGACUGGGCAAACCAGACAGGCCAUUUAGCUCCACGUGCUGGAGAAUUACUUGUGAAAAUUAAAGCUCGAAGCAUUGAGCGAGAAAAUUGA